AUGGCUUCUGUGGCCACCCGCACUCUCCUGGAAGACCGACUGCUCCCAUACCCUAUCAUUUCACAACUCUCUGCUCGUCAUCCGAGAGCUAUGUCUCAACAAUCUAGCUGGUUCUACGACGCAGAUAACUCAGGCUAUGGCAACGAGCAGUCAUCAUCCUGGCAAAACCAGACAUAUACCCCCGCCACAUCUUACUCUUCAGUACGCACCGGUCAUCCUUCCUCGAACAGUGCCGCUGCGGUGGAGCGGGUACCGUAUGCGAGCAUGUCAUCCUCGUCCACCCUCCCCAACAUGCGCGAUAUGACUCGUGCAAUGGGCGAUCCAACAUUCGGCUCACAUACCAGUCAUCUCAGCAAUCCCUCGCUGACGUACCACGAGCAGUUCUUCACGGACGGAUCGCUCCAGACCAUGCCUUCACGAGACGACUCCCCUCCCGACUCCCCAACUCCGACCGGCGUGUCUCCACCUGUCAAAAUGGAGCACGAGGAUAGUUUUGUCUUCGAGGCGACCUCAUCACAAUCACAUCCCCCGACCAUCUCCUUCGACGACAAUGCAUUCUCGUCACAAGUCCCGCUCCGCGCGACGCAAGCUUCCCCUUCGAUGAAGAAGAUGAUGGGCGUCUUCCGGCUCGAUCCGUUCGCGAUCCAAAGCGGCGGCGGAGCUAUUUCGCAGCCGCCCACCGUCGAGGCUGGCCCGCUCGAGGAAGAAGGACGCUACAUUGAAUUUCAACUUCACCUCGAAGAGCCUCUCCUUCCGCUAUCCCCAUCCGCCCUCCCGCUUAGAGCGCUGUCCCCGCGUUCGACGUCCUCUCCCGACCACAGCUUCAACUACCAGACGGACAGCCCUGGGUUUAUGAGCAGCAGGUCUACAGGCAACGGCUCUCAGACCCAUCAGACUGACGGAUUCGAUGGAGCGGGGUGGGGCUUUGAGCUUCCUGCGGAGAUAGCGGCGGUGUAUACCCCUUCGUCUAUGAUCGCUGGGAGCAGUAGCAAUGAUGCUGGUGGGGGUUUGGGGUCUUCGCCAGGGAUAAGCAUGGCGAAUUCGCACCACCAUUCGAUGGGGCUGGCCUCGAACGCAGCGUUCGCGUCUGCGCCACAUCGUUACGGCCACUCGGAUCACACCAUUGCCCGAGAUGCAGCGAGACGCGCAGCCUCAUCGUCCUCCGCACGAUAUAACACGCAGGCGUCGCCCGUCCAUACUCUCUACACCGAGAGCGUCCAGAGCAACACACCGCAAGCAAUGGAGCGCCGCUAUAACUCCAGCAAUCACGGACUGUCUUCGCGCGCGGUCGCUAACGCCCAGAGUGGUCAGUACGCACCAAUGGCUUUCGAGGCGGCGUAUGACAGCUCUGCGUCUAUGCAAAGUUCGAGUUCCUCAUCGUCUAGAAGGAGCAGACCGUACCUUCAUGAGGGGUCGCAUUCUGGGUUCUACCCGGGGACUUGA